CGGAAGCGCCGCUGAAAUUGACCGAACGGGAUGGUAGUUGUGUGGAAGAUAUCGUUCCUGUAGCAGAGCCCCACCUGGUGUGAUGGUGAGGUGAUGUGCCCCUGGCCUGAAGAGUGAUCAGGGCAGAGCAGCAAUGACUGAGUGCUUCCUGCCCCCCAGCAGCAGCAGCCCUGCGGAGCAGCGCAGGGCUGAGCAUCCGGGGGCUGUGGCUCGUACCCCCAGCUCUGAGGAGAUCAGUCCCACCAAGUUCCCAGGGCUGUACCGCACUGGUGAACCCUCACCGUCACAUGAUGGCCAUCACCACGAGCCCGCUGAUGUUUACAUCUCAGACGAUGACAAGGAGCACAGCAAGAAGAAGAACAAGUUUAAGAAGAAGGAAAAAAGAACUGAGGGCUACGCCGCCUUUCAAGAGGACAGCUCGGCAGACGAGGCAGAGAGCCCAUCCAAGAUGAAGCGUUCCAAGGGGAUCCAUGUGUUCAAAAAGCCCAGCUUCUCCAAAAAGAAGGAGAAGGACUUCAAGGUGAAGGAGAAGGGUCCCAAGGAGGACAAGACUAAGGACAAGAAAUCAAAGGACCUGACGGCUGCAGAUGUGGUCAAGCAGUGGAAGGAGAAGAAGAAGAAGAAGAAGCCGAUGGCGGAGGCGGAGCCUGUGCCAGUGGAGGCCCCCAUGUUCAGGCCCAUCUUUGGAGCCCCCCUGACUGAGGCAGUCAAGAGGACAGCACUCUAUGAUGGCAUCCAGCUGCCUGCCAUUUUUAGGGAAUGUGUGGACUACAUUGAAAGCUAUGGCAUGAAGUGUGAGGGCAUAUACCGCGUUUCAGGCAUGAAGUCCAAGGUGGAUGAGCUGAAGGCAGCCUAUGACCGAGAGGAGUGCCCCUGCCUGGAGGAGUACGACCCCCACACGGUCGCCAGCCUCUUGAAGCAGUACCUGCGCGAGCUGCCGGAAAACCUGUUGGGCCGCGAGCUGGCCCAGCGCUUUGAGGAUGCCUGUGGCCGCCAGGUAGAGACAGAGAAGGUGACAGAGUUUCAGAGGCUGCUGGUGGAGGUAUUGCCUGGCAGCAGGUUGCUCCUCUCCUGGCUCAUCACGCACAUGGACCAUGUCAUCGCCAGGGAGACAGACACCAAGAUGAACAUCCAGAACAUAUCCAUCGUCCUCAACCCUACCGUACAGAUCGGGAACCGUGUCCUGUACGUGUUCUUCACACAUGUGAAAGAGCUGUUUGGAGAUGUGGUUCUGAAGCCUGUGGUACGGCCACUCCGCUGGUCCAACGUGGCCACAAUGCCGGCCCUACCCGAGACUCAGGACAGCAUCAAAGAGGAGAUUCGCAGACAGGAGUUCCUGCUGAACUGCCUGCACAGGGACCUCCAGGCGGGGGUGAAGGACCUGUCCAAAGAGGAACGUCUGUGGGAGGUUCAGCGCAUCCUGACCGCUCUCAAACGCAAACUGAGGGAGGCCAAACGUCAGGAGUGUGAGAGUAAGAUAGCCCAAGAGAUAGCCAGUCUGUCAAAGGAGGACGUUUCUAAAGAGGAAAUGACCGAGAAUGAGGAGGAAGUGAUCAACAUCCUCCUGGCACAGGAAAAUGAGAUCUUAACAGAGCAGGAGGAGCUGAUUUCUUUGGAGCAGGUGCUGCGUAGGCAGAUUGCCACUGAGAAGGAAGAGAUUGAGAGGCUGCGGGCAGAGAUUGCAGAUAUACAGAGUCGGCAGCAGGGCCGCAGCGAGACAGAGGAGUAUUCUUCGGACAGUGAGAGUGAGAGUGAGGAUGAGGAGGAAUUGCAGCUGAUCCUGGAGGACCUUCAGAAACAGAACGAGGAACUGGAGAACAAAAACACCCACCUAAACCAGGCCAUCCAUGAGGAACAGGAAGCCAUCUUGGAGCUCCGCGUCCAGCUCCGCCUCCUGCAGAGCCACAAACUGCAGCAGGAACUGACCGUCCAGCCCGCAGCUGAGCAGGCUCUGCCUACGCAGCCGAGCCCGGAGGCCCGCAGCGAGGAGCAAACCAAACGCUCUGUCGCCUCCGCUGUCCCGGCAACUGCAGGUGCGGACCCUGCAGCCUCAGCAAAUGGCAAAGUGGCCAAGGAUCCCUCAAAACCAUCGCCGGGCAAAGACAGGAGAGAGACCAACAUGUGAGGUGUUGCCUCAGUAUGUGUCUGUUGGCUCUGCAUUGCUACACAUCUCUACGGCCAGUCUGUCCCACAAGGUCACUGCUGGGUCACUGACUUCAUUUGGCAGGGAAAUUGGAAAACCGUUAACUUGUUCUUUCAGAAGGUCAGCAAGGAAGAAUUUGUAGUUUGGUCAGCCAAAAUUGUGUCAAUACAAAUUCAGUACCUUGCUUUUCCUUCUCUCUGUCACACACACAUACACAAAAUCAUAAUGUAGGGGUAGUGUAGUCAAUGCAGAGGACAACUGGUUGCUGUGGGACCAUUCUUACAGACCCUCAGUGCCAAGCGUGUGGGCAGGAAGAAGACAAAGGCAGAAGUGAGGGUGUUGAUAGAUUAAUGGGGCAGAAGAGAAUCAAGGUUGGCACCCUGCAAAUGACGUAAUUAAACUUUAUUUUCUUUUGGUCUUCCUUAUAUCCGCAGUAUAUAAGGUUUAAAUUCUGUUGCUAUGAUUCGCUUUGGCCCUUACCUAGAUUUGACACGGUAGGAUCGCAACCACUGUGCCGUAACUGAAAACACCAGACUGGACAAGUUGCCCAAGAGAACCACUAAUACAAAAGCUCUCUGACUUACCUAUGAAGAAUUGAUGACUGGUCUGUGUGUUAUAUAUUUAAGUCGUACUCUGGGUGAUAUGAAAGACCUUUCAAGGAAAUGCAUUGAUUUUUUUUUUAAUACUUUGCUUUUUAGUAAUAUAUAAAUGUUUAUUUGAAAUGCAAAUGCACAAAAGCGGAGCCUGAUCCAUUGGGAUGGAAACACGCCCACUAUUCAUACCCGGCAACGGUGCACGCGCCGCAACGCAACGCGAACCAGCACUGCAACACUUAAUGCAGCUGGAGGCGUCGUUUUACUAACUUGAAUAACUUAAUAAUCGACAUGACUUGUCGAUAAUAACAUGAAUUCGCUUGCCAGUGCAAUCUCAUGAGUGUCCCUAGUCCUGCUCUUAUGUCAAACGGCCUGGGAGACUUUUAACCCACUGGACAGUUUGAACAACAGGUUACGUUGCGCGUUGGGACACGUAUAUUUUUGCCGGGUAUUCGGUAGUGUUUUUUUUUUUUGUUUUUUUUUUUUACCUUCGUGCUCGUAGUACCGGGGGCAUUGCUUGUAAAUCAGUCUAAAACUCAAGAUUACAAGUCAAUCAUUUCAGAAUAAAUGGUCUGUGACUAUUGCAAAGCACUGUCUUAAACGAUGUCCGCCUGGUCUCCGACACGGAGAGCAAAGGCUCGGCCUAUGUGCUCCCGGUUCAUGUACAUUACUGUAAACUUGCAAACAUACUGUAUUUUCAGCUCUUAUUUUGUUUUGUCAUGUGUCCCCUCUGUUAUUGAUGUCCCCUCUGUUAUUGGUGGUCAUUAUGGUGUAGGGUCAUGUGACCGCCCUUGUGUUCGAAACGGGCAAAUUGAUGCAAUCUUUUAUGUUGGGCUCAAAAUGUUCAUUGUUGCUCUGUGAUUGGAAUCAGAUUAAUUCUAGAUUGGGCUCAUAAACUUCUCAUGAGGUUAUUUUCUUAUCGUUCCAGGCUUUUUGUAGCUCAUCGUUGCAGACAAAAUAAUGCUGUGAAGAAUAAAGUUUCAAU